AUGGUGGGGGCUCCGAGCAAUGCCUUUUCUGUUACAAAAGAGGACGAUGCUGCGUUCAUGCUAGAUGUCGGCACCGGUGCCGGAGGCGGCGGCGAUGCUCUCACUGUCAUUGGGGGCAGUGGCAAUGGUGGAAGCUCUGCUGGCAACUCCGAGGGGCCCGAAAAAUCUGUUGGCAGCGCUGGUAGUGACCGAGAAUGCAACACCACUGAUCGCCCAUCAUUCAGCGUUGAAGCCAUCGUCAAGUCUUGCGGAGUUUUGAAAUGGCUCGUGGGUGUGGGUUUGGGCGUGGGUCGGUACAAGGCGUAA